AUGUACGCCUGCAGAGCCUGCAAGAAGAAACAUAACCAUUAUAUGGUUGUAAGGAAGAUGGAUGCCAUGGUUUGGGUCAGAAGAAAGAGAGUAUUUGUGACCAAACUUAUCAGUAAAGACACUGUGGAGGUUGAUAUUCACACCCUGGCGCGGAAAAAGCUGUCACAAAUGGAAUCAAAGGCCAAAUCGAGGAGUGACGAAACAUCGCGUGGAUCGGUUCUGUGGAGUCGAAAGAAGAGAAAAUUGACAACGAGACUUUGAAUUAGCUGCUUGCAAGUGCUUUGAAGCGCAAGUCAACCGGCUAAGUUUCUUGCAACGGUCACGUUUUUUGAUCUGCCGGCACUAUCGACCUUAUCUUUAUCUUUGUUUUGAGAAAACUCGUACCUUGCUUUCGUCUUUGUACGAGCCCUGUUUAUUCUGGAUCUCUCUCAAGCUUGAACAAUACUUCUACUUUCUCGGUCAUUUUAUGUAGAAUUGAUGUGACUCAUAAGCGCAGCUCUGCGUUAAAGUCCUCACACACUAGGUUGUUGAAAUUAAUGAUAUUAUACGUUGGAAUAUGGGUACGUGGUUUGAGAAAAGUCAGAGUUUCUAUUUGUAUUGAAUUUGUUUCCUUGUUGUUCGAUUGCCUAACCUGUUCGUUUAUCUUUGGUGGCAGUAUUAAAUUUUCCUGUCGAUUAGUUCGUCAGAUGACGAGGUUAUGGUCCACAAGGAUCCGGUUCAGUGUAAAGAAUGAUUUCAUGUUUCAUGUUCAGGAUUUGUGAAGUGUUUGUAUUUCUAACCCA